CUUAAAACUAGAGACCGUUACAUUAAUAGCCUGAAGAAGAAAUGCCAGAAAGAGUCUGAGCAAAACAAAGAAAAACAAAGAAGAAUUGAAACCUUAGAAAAAUAUCUGGCAGACCUACCAACGCUGGAUGAUAUAGAAGGGCAGACUAAACAGCUGCAAAUUCUAGAAGAGAAGAACAAGGAGCUUCAAGAAACUAUGACUGAGUUGGAAAAGAAGCUUGGAGAGGCCCGAUCGCAGUGCAGAGAGAGAGAGUUGCAGCUGGUGUGUCAGAAGAAAAAAGAAAAAGAGCUGGUAACAACAGUACAGAGCUUACAGCAGAAGGUAGAAAAAUGCCUGGAAGAUGGUAUUCGCCUUCCUAUGUUGGACACAAAACAGCUUCAGAGCGAGAAUGAAUGUCUCAAAGAAAAGAAUGAGAAAGCCAGUAAGGUCAUAGACAAUCAACAAAAUCAGAUAGCUGGACUGAUUUUAGACAUGCAGUCUAUGCAAGAGAAGCUUUUGCAAGAAAAGCUGAUAGUUCAGAAGAUGACAAAUGAUCUUGAAGAAAAAGAAAGGAAUAUAGAGCAGUUAAAUAAAACGCUGUCUGAAAACCAAAGACUGAUGGAAGAGAAUGCCUCCCUGAAGGAGCAGAUGCGGCAGGUGGAGCAGUCCAGGCAGCCAGUGUCUGAGAAGAUGCCUAUAGCAGACCAGUUGUUCAAGGAAAUGUCCCAUUGCUUGUUUGACUUGAAAGCACUGUGCAGUAUUCUUACCCAGAGAGCUCAGGGCAAGGAGCCUAACCUUUCCUUACUGCUGGGAAUUAGAUCGCUGAGCUGUUCAGCUGAAGAGAAUGAAAACUACCACAGCACAGAAACCCUUUCAAAGAAGCUCUUGGACGUUUGUCAGUUACGAAAGGAUAUUGAUGAACUAAGGACUAUAAUGUCGGACCGUUACGCUCAGGACAUGGGGGACAAUUGCAUUACUCAAUGACAACAUUUUGUUCUACUAGCAAAUGAUUUAUUAAAUGCUGCUAUGUCACAGG